UGUUACUCGAGGAGAUUGUGGACUUGACGGCUUUUGACCUACCUUUUGCUUCCGCGUUGUCGAUCGCUUUUUUCUUCGGCAUUAGGAGAAACACUUUGUUGUCAAUAACAAGGUUUGGUGGCAGGUGUGACGAAGAGUCGGCGUCUAGCGACGACCUUUCCGACGAGGACGACUCCGACGGAGCAGUGUGCGAUCCAGCUGAUCCAUCAUCCAUUUUUGACGACUCGGUCAAUCAAUACAUCCCCUUCUCUGGGGACUUCGCCUACAACGCUAGGAGCAAGGUGUUUCUGCUGGAUCUAAACAAGUACACGUUGAAGAGUAAUUUCCAGAAGCGCAUCUACGUGAGAUGCCUAUGCGAUGCCGAAUGUCCCGCGCUGCGGAACCUCUGCGUUCACAGAACGGUUCCGUUGCUUCGCGAUGACCGCCGCUGGAAACGCGAAUACAUCGACAAUCUGCAGCAGCACUUCAACCUCAGGAAGACGCACAUGACGCGGGUUGGCUGUCUACAGCACUUAAUGGGUUGCGACAUAUCCGACGCAAGAGUCGCGUCACACUUACGCUGGCAGAAGGAGCAGGUGAUAGUGUAUUAUAAUAGGGGUAACGAGUACAAGGAGUGCAGAUACAAGGGCGUUUCGUUUGUCCCAAUCUAG